GCCCGCGCCGCCGCCAAUGCCGUCGAUCGUCGCGCCGCCGCCGCCGCGGUUCGAUCCGCCGGCGGCGGCGAUGCCGCCGCCCGCGCCGCCGCCGCCGCCGCCGGUGCCGUCGGCGGCGGUCGUGACGCCGCCGCCGCCCGGGGUGAUCACGCCGCCGCCGUCGUUCGCGCCGCCGGAUCUGACGCCGCCGCCGGACCUGGACGCGGCGCAGAGCGCGGCGGACAUCGCGGCGGCGUUGCCGACGCCGAUGGUGGAGCCCACGGUUUUGAUUCCGGGUAUCAUCGAACCCCCGCCCGGUCUGGGUGGAGGGGUCGCCGGCACGGUCGCCGGCACGGUCGCCGGCACGGUCGCCGGCACUGCCGCCGCGGGGAUCAACACCGUCGAGGAGGUGUUGCUGUGCAAGGAGAAGCUCAACAUCGUCGUCGUCGCGUCCGAAUGCGCGCCGUUCGCCAAGACGGGCGGCUUGGGCGACGUCGCCGCGGCGCUUCCGAAGGCGCUGCGACGCCGCGGGCACCGCGUCAUGGUCGUCAUGCCGCGCUACAAAGACUACCAGGGCGUCUUCGACACGUCCGUGCGCGUGCACUACAACAUCAUGGGCGCCAACACGGAGGUUGGCUACUUUCACAUGUACAAAAACGACGUGGACUACGUCUUCGUGGAUCACGUGGCGUAUCACGCCGUCGCCGGCGACAUCUACGCGGGCGACCGCGAGGAGGCCAACUUCCGGAACGCGAUGCUGUGUCAGGCUGCGAUCGAGGCGGUGUGGCACGUCAAGUGCGGGCCGGAGGGCGACACGCCGUACGGCGACAGCGACUUGGUCUUCCUCGCGAACGACUGGCACACCGCGUUGCUGCCCGUGAUGCUGCAGGCGUUUUACCGCGAUCACGGCAAGUUUGAGUUCGCGCGGUCCGUCUUCGUCAUUCACAACAUGGCGUUUCAGGGCCGAGGCCCUCUCGUCGAGUUCGACAAGCUCGGCCUUCCCGCGGACUACAAAGACCACUUCUUCCUGGACGAUCCGUUCGGAGGCGAGUGCAUGAACACGAUGCAGGCGGGCUUGAGGUUGGCGACGAAGGUCAUCGCCGUCUCCAGCGGAUACGCGUGGGAGAUCACCACCGACGCCGGCGGCUGGGGCCUCGCGCCGUUGCUCCGCGAGUUUGGCGAGAAGCUCACCGGGGUCGUCAACGGGAUCGAUCUCGACGAGUGGUCCCCGGAGAAGGACGAGCACCUGGACAAAGACGGCUACUCGCGCUACGAGCCGACCGCGGAGGGGCUCAUGGGCGGGAAGAAGCUGUGUAAGGCGGCGUUGCAGCGGCAAUUCGGCUUGCCGGAACGCGACGACGUCCCGGUCCUGGGGUUCAUCGGAAGGCUCGAUCACCAGAAGGGCGUCGACCUGAUCACGGAGAUCGCGCCGUGGCUCAUGGGCCAGGACGUCCAGCUCGUCAUGCUCGGCAGCGGCCGCGAGGACCUCGAGGAGCUUCUGAAGAAUUUGGAAAACAACAACCGCGAGCGGUGCCGGUGCUGGGUCGGCUUCAGGCGCAUGGCGCAUCGCAUCACCGCGGGGUGCGACAUCCUGCUGAUGCCGUCUCGGUUUGAACCGUGCGGGCUGAACCAGCUGUACGCGAUGAGAUACGGCACCGUCCCGGUCGUGCACGCCGUCGGCGGGUUGCGAGAGACGGUGAUCCCUUUCAACCCGAAGAACGACACCGGCACGGGGUGGCAGUUCGACGAGGCGUCCGAGGCGAAG